GCACUUUCCGACUGAGGCUUCACUAACUUGUUGGUUGGUGUAUUGUAGCGUUCACGGCGAGUAUUCAUGGCGUCGAGUGCAUGCUGGAGCAUGCGGUUUAUUUAGGUUUCCGGUAACUUGAAUAAACAACGUUAUGAAAAUGUGCUAUUGUGUUAUGAUAAAAAAUUAACACAAGACAUUGUUACAAUACAGUGGUUAUUAAAGUAAUUAUUCAUUGAAUGAUAGAGUGCAUUUGAAUAGACGUUUGAAAUAGAUUUUUCUAAAUAAGAAUGUUAUCAAAUAUCGUACAGCUAUCACUUAGGUCGAUUCACAGUGUGAAACUUUUGAGAACAGUUGAUGUAAGAUUAGCAAUUAAAUGCAGAUAUGGCACUAAAUGGAUUAGUCGGAGACCUGCUGCUAUUGUCAAUGAACAUGAGCUUUUCGAUACGGAACAAGAUACAACUGAAGUCGAUGAGCAAAGAGCUUUUAAAACACAUAGAAGGAGACCAAGAGUCAGUACACAAGUGAAGGAAGAGAAAGAUAAAAAACAGAAGGAAGAUGAAGUUAAAGAAAGCACAGAACGAAAAUACAUAGCCCUUGAUGGAGAUAAUAAGCUUAUAAGCUCGCUAAUGAUAGAUGUCAAAACAAAAAAGAGAAGAGAAAAGAAUCGUCAGGUACUGUUAGAAGGCUUUCGAUUAAUUGAAGAUGCAAUUCGGGUGGGAAUAGUGCCAAAAGUGAUAUUUUUCAACAGAUUAUCUGACAUAUUGUCACUGUCGCUUCCUAAAGAAGUAAAAUUAUAUAAAAUUCCAUAUCGUACAAUUCAGUUGUGGUCUAACUUGACAACUUCUCCUGGGAUAAUUGGAAUCUUUGAACUCCCAGAUAUAAGUACUAAAGAACCUGCUAGUGAUGCUAUUCCUUUAACUAUUAUCUGUGACAAUGUCAGAGAACCAGGGAAUUUAGGAACUAUUGUAAGAGCUGCUGCUGCAGUUGGUUGUGAAAAGUUAUUACUAAUGAAAGGAUGUGUAGAUUUAUGGGACCCAAAAGUUGUGCGCAGUGCUACAGGUGCACAUUUUCGAUUACCAAUAGUUACUUCUGUUUCAUGGGAAGAAAUUCCAACAUUAAUAAGUAACGAAUCUGCAAUUUUCCUAGCGGACAACAAUAUAGCUUAUGAAAAUGAUUUAAAAGAUUGUACUGUUAAUUCAAAGUCAAACACCUCCUCCGUCGAAAACAAUGGUGAUAUAAAACAAGAUAAUCUAGACGCCAAUAAUGAUCAAACAAUUGAAGAUAAUGAACAUAGUGUUGAAGAUAAUGAGCUAAACCAACUGAUAAGUCAAACUAAACCGUAUAAAUCAACUGCAAAGACUAAAUUGAUGAUAAGACAGUUGAUAUCUCAACUUCCAGUUAAACCUUAUUAUGCGUUAGAUUUUACAAGAAGAGAAGUAGUAUUCGUUAUUGGUGGAGAAACUGAGGGUAUAAGUCUCGAAUCAUGUAAAUUAUUACGUGCAAGAAAUUGCACUCGUAUUAAUAUACCGUUGACUAAUGGCGUUGACAGUUUAAAUGUUGGUGUAGCUGUUGGUAUUGUUACAUUUGAAAUGAAAAGACAAUUUGUAAAUCGCAAAAUUGAUGAUGAAUAAAAUUAUUUUUAUCUAUAAA